UUGUUGUUUUCUUGUCAUCUCAUUUAUAUUGAUUAAGGGCAACAGAAAAUUGGCUUUUUUAAGCUCGAUCCGGUUAAAUGGAGUCUUUUUCAAUCUUACUCCAGCAAAUUCCAAUACUUAUGUGCCAGCAAAGUUCUUAAUCAUCCAAUUUGAUGCCUGGCAAAAUUGAGGAUGAUUGGUAAAGUUUAUGUGACAUUACGGAUAUUAUUGUGUGCUAUUUGUCUUCUGUUGAUUUUGAAUGUAUUUCUAAAUUAUUUUGGCGAAAAGACCGACAUUCCAUCGGCAUUUAGCCGUUCAAAUUUACGUAAACAACCUUACAAAAGCAAUGUGACCGGAUUCAAUAGUAUAAAUGAAAUCUUGCCUAUACCUUCGUUUGCGGGUGCUAAUGCAGCGAAUGCCAGUGAAUCUCUAGAACAAGAAAACAAAAACAUAACAGAGGUUACACUGCCUGCGUGUCAGGAGCCUGUUUACGAAGAAAGCAGUCCAUUUGUACCUAACAUCACUUUAGAAUCUUUAGAUGUGGUUGAAGAACAAUUGGGCCCAUUGUUAGAAUCUGGCGGUGCGUUUAAACCAAAAGACUGUAAUGCAAGGCAUCAUGUCGCUAUUGUGGUGCCGUUUCGCGACCGUUACGCACAUCUCUCUAUCUUCCUGCGCAAUAUGCAUCCAUUUUUAAUGAAGCAAAAUAUAACGUACAGAAUCUUUAUAAUCGAGCAAACUAAUGGUCAGUCGUUUAAUCGAGCCGCUUUGAUGAACGUCGGUUUUCUUGAGGCCAUGAAACUUUAUCCUUGGGAUUGCUUUAUAUUCCACGAUGUGGACUUGCUGCCAUUGGACAAUAGAAACCUUUACACUUGUCCACGUCAACCCCGACAUAUGUCGGUGGCUGUUGAUGAAUUCAAUUACAGGUUGCCUUAUCGCACUAUCUUUGGUGGCGUAUCUGCCAUGACAAGAGAACAUUUCGUUUUAGUAAAUGGAUUUUCGAAUUCAUUUUUUGGCUGGGGUGCUGAAGACGACGACAUGUCCAACCGAUUGCGAAGCGCUAAUUUGUUUAUAGCUCGUUAUCCUAUUAAUAUUGCCCGUUACAUAAUGCUAAAGCAUCCCAAAGAAAAGGCCAAUCCCAAAAGAUACGAGAAUUUAGUUAAUGGUAUGCAUAAAAUCGGUACUGAUGGGUUGAAUUCAAUUAAAUAUGAAAUCUACAGUUACAAAUCGUAUCCCACAUUUAGUUGGUAUUAUGCUGAAUUGAAGAUUACCGAACAAAAGAGUUAGAAAUGCAUUUGAAAACCAACGUAGUGAUCGACGGACUUAUACACCUUUGUCGUCGUUGAAAGUCACUAUCCUAAAUCCAAUAUCAUAACAUUUAUUUUUGAAAAUUUGUGGUGGAACGCGGACGGAAGCGAAUCUAAGGGGAUUACUUUACUUUACAUAUACACAAACAUUUAUAGAUCUAUUGAUUGAAAAAUUUAUAAGUGCAUGCAUUGAUAGUUGGCUUCCAAAAUCGCGUUAGUUUCAAUUCCCUUAUUUUUUGAAAAUUAGUUUUUAUAUUACUUUUUUACAUCACUUUUUUUUUAUUCUCGAAUACUAUCAGCAUUUUUCGAACAAGUAAGCAUAUUUUGUAUAUAAGUGAUUACAAUCGUAGUGUAGGUAAACAUAUAUUUCUCUCUCUUCAAAAAAAUAUAUAUAUAUAUUUAUUUCACCUUAAGAAUUCUCACUUUGGCUCUUCUAUUUACCUUUACAACUUUAUCCAAAUUUUAUAAGAAUAUCUCGAACAAUUCUUUCUUCCCCUUUUUUAAUUCUUAUAUU